CGCGACUAGAGAUCUGGUCGAAUGAAAUGAGACAGACAACACCUCAGCAAAGAUCGAUUCUCGAGAUCUACAUCGAGCGAGCGUGCGACCCAUCGCGAUAUGCGCCAGAUCUGACUCUCAAUCUUGAGAUCUGCGAUGUUAUCAAUGAAAAACAAAAGAAUACACCCAGAGAGGCGGCUAUUUACAUUGUGCGUCUUGUUAACCACAAGAAUGUGCACGUCGGAAUGCUAGCACUAGCUCUUCUGGAUAACUGUGUCAAGAGUUGUGGCUAUCCCUUUCAUCUGCAAAUUGCCACUAAAGAGUUUCUUAAUGCCCUUGUCCGCAAGUUCCCAGAACGCCCUCUUACAGUCCCUACACCGGUUCAAUCUCGUAUUUUGGAGCUUAUACAGGAGUGGUACAUGACGCUCUGCAAAACCUCACGAUAUAAAGAGGAUCUAGUUCAUAUCCGUGACAUGCACAGACUGUUGUCCUUCAAGGGCUACCGCUUCCCCCAGGCUAGGAAGACAACAAUGAGUCCUGUUGAAAUACUGAAAUCACCAUCAGAACUUAAAGCAGAAAAUCGCAUCGCGCAAGCAGCUAGGCUACAGGAACUAAUUCGGCGAGGACGGCCUGAAGACGUACGGGCUGCAAAUGAGCUUGUUAAAAAAAUGACUGGAUAUGAGCGAGAGGAUGAAGAUUACGUGACACAAGCAUCUGAAGGACUGAACAAGGUCAUGCAAAAAGCGAUGCUGUUGAUAGAGAUGCUGAAUGAUGUAAAGCCCGAUGGAAUCAUUGAACAAGUCGACAUUUCUAAAGAUCUGUAUGAGACUUGUAGGUCAGCUCUUCGAAAGGUUCAAAAGUUCAUUAAAGAUGGCGAAAAUCAUGAUAUAAUGGAAACUUUACUUAAGCUGGAGCACAUUCUCAUCAGUGCAAUUGAUCAAUAUGACCAAGCUAAGAAUGGAAGUGUUGUCAAAGUGGCACUGACGUAUCCUGAAAAUAGUGGAGAUUGUAUCCAAAAUACUAGCACCAGUGAUGAGAAACACGAACACGCAAGAGCAACUUCAAAGCCAACGCAGUCUUCAGUCAUUGACCUUCUUGUCUGUGGUGAUGGGCCUUCGAAUGAGUCAUCGUCCACAACUUCAACGAAGAAUACUGAUAGUCUAAUAGAUGAUCUUAUGGACCUCAACUUCCACGAUACGCCUCCGCCACUCUCAUGGAGGCUAACAGGAAGCAUCAACCUUGACCAAUCUAGUAAUAUACUGACAACGGAUGUUUCGCCUACAUCGAUUGAUGACAAUGUUACUCGGUCAGCAUUCCCAAUGCCAGUUUUGGGGACACAUGCUGCUCCACUGGAUGAUCUUGAGUUUAUCUCUAAUACUGUUUCUAAGAACUCAGGCUCUAUUGAUGUAUUGUUGCUAAAUAAGAGUGGUCUUCAAAUCGAACUCGAAAUUGAGAAGCAGCAUGCGCAACAAUCGGACAUAGCUUACAACAUCAAAGCGUAUUUUUCUAACCUCCAAAGUAGUCCGAUCUCAGCUCUAACUUUCCGCGUCGCAGUCCCCAAGAACCUUCAACUUUCAUUGCAUCCUCAGUCUUCACAAGUUGUUGCACCUUUCUCCAAAAGGAGCGUGACACAAGACAUGAUGAUUCGUGUACCACAUAGUGUUGUGAUGACAAGAUCAGCAGUGAGAAUGAGAUAUCAUGUCUCCUGUACGAUGUCUGAAAUGGCGAUGGAGGAACAAGGCGAAUUUAACCAGUUUCCAUAAGCAGCAAGUCUGCAGGUUAUUUUAUUAAAGAAUGAGGAUAUGACUCUUUGUUUCUGUGAUUGAAGGAGUUGCCUAGUGAAACAAGCACAAUAAGGCAAUCCUGUGCAGUUCGUGGAUCAUGAGCUUUAAAUCCGGACUUUGCAAAUCUUGAUCAAUAUUGGGACAGGAUCUUUUGGGCAAUCACUUUGACCACAGGGAGUUGGAGUCUAAAUUUAUUUUGAAAAACAUUCUUUUCUCAUGACUUGCGUUUUAUGUAAAGAAUGAGCCUGAAUAUUUUAUGAGAGCAAUGAAAGAUGGUCAAUCGGCGAAAUCACCAGAGCCAAACAUGCGUCUGGUCAGGAGCAAGACACGUAUUAAUGAGUAAGAU